GGAGAGAUAGAAAAUAGUUGAGAAAGUGGGGAGUAGAAUAAGUGAUGGGGAGGAGAGUAAAGAAAGAGAUAUGGUGAAGUUUGGAGAGUAAAGUAUAAAAAUAUGAGGUGAAGAGAGGUUGAGAUUAAGUAAGCAAGCAAGUUGUGUAAUGAACAAAAGAGGUUUAUAGAUCAAUAAUGAAACAGUUAUUGUUGAACAGCCCGGAGUUGUUGAAAAGUGUUCGAUAUACUAACAGACAUUAUUAUUGCGGUAAUAAAGAAGAAUGAUUUUAAUGAUGACUGGUAAUUAAAUGUGUAGCAUGGAGUUUGUUAUUCUGGAAAACGCCUCCAGUUGCUGACGUCGCAUGCUCUGACUUGUUUGACAGGACGACUGUGAUUGGUCUGAGAUGAAUUAAUUUGACCAAUCACUACACGUCUUUCUAGAUGCUGCUGAAUUCUUCAACGACAGCUCGCAAUGUUGUAUGGAAAACAGAGCGGGAAAUUCAGUAAGACUAUUUAAAUUCUCCAAAAACAAACCCACAAAUCCAAACAACAACUAAACGAAAGGAGAACCUUUCCUUUCUUUUAUUUUCCUUUUUUUUUUUCGCGGAAAGAACGAAGACCUCCCUCUAAAAACUUCCUAUUUCCCCCCUCUUCUACCAAACACAGUGAUGGGAUUUUUUAAUAUUUUCUACCAUGUUGUCUUCAGACCAAUAAUUCUCAUGUUGCAAGGAUUGUCCACUCCUUUCAUAUUUCUCGGACAACUACUGCUCAGUUUCGUUUCAGAUGAUACUUUAGAAAGUAUUGAUUUCCAGGAAUGUAAAUAUCCUAAGCCUGGUUAUGCCGGUUCUCGCGAUGAAUUGGGCAGUGAUCGAACCGGCAGUUUCAGUCGUGACAGUUUUAGAACAAAUAAAGUUAGAAAUCGCAGCCUGUCCUAUCCAUUAUCACCUGGAAGCUCAGAGGAAAAUUAUGCUCCAUCUCUGGCGGACGUCCAUGAACAAAAGCAGUCCCCGACUGUUUCAAUGGAGUACCAUGCCAUCAACAUACCCCAAUCUACCCGUCAGCGUGAAAAAAUCGAUUCUUCCGGUUUGGUGUUUAGCAACAAGGUAAAAGCUCUAAAAGAGAUGAAGAAAUACAAAGACGCCAGGUUUAAGUCUUUCCAAACACUCCAGGAAGCUGAAGAGUUUACUAAGUCAAAUCUAGCUUCAAUCGCUGAUGACAGUGUUGCAGUGAAGUUAGCAGGAUUAAAUGAAAAGGGAAAUUACAGGAUGCCACGUACCAUCGAGUUGCUGAAAAUGAGAGAACUAAUUGAAUCGGGCCAAUACAAAAAUUUCAAACAGCUCAUUACCUGCAAUCCUUAUUUCUUGGUCAGCAGUGGGGACACCCCACCUCUUUUGCACGUGGGUGCCCGUUACAACGCUUUUCAUAUCGCUGCCAAAAUGAAUAAGCCUGAGAUUAUCAAAAUAAUCCUCGAAGUCAUCCAGGAUCCAAAUUUCUUCUGCAAAUUGUAUGGUAUCAAUGAUGAUAGUAUAUGUGAUAGAACAGAGCGUCUAAUAGAUUACUACCUUAACACACCAGACAAAGGGUCAUGUGAAACACCACUACACUUUGCUUGCAAGGCUGGCUACAAAGGCGUCAUCGAAGUCCUUGUGAACCAUCCAUUGACCAAAAUAAAUGCAAGGAAUAAAUUUAACAAAACUCCACUGGAUUUGAUACCAGAAUCAAUUAGUGCUUCUUCACGAAAACAGAUUGAGAGAUUCUUAGAAGAACGCUGUUAUGUGCCUUUAUAUAGAGAUGGAGAUAACCUAAGUCCACCUCGGAUAGGUCAACCUUGCAGUCCAGUGUAUACUUGUGAUGCUCAGAGUCCACCUUUCAAUCAAGUGCCUUCAGUGGACUCCCCCGAAGGGUCACCACUGAGCUCUCGUAUGUUGUCCAGUGUUGUCAAAGCUUAUGCUGGGCCAAUGUCCCCUGAACAAGCUAAUGACUUCAGAAGGAAUUGGAAACCUUCCCGAGAUAAGGAGACUAUUGAUGAUCUGAGAUCUGACCAAGAGAAAGGAUAUGAGCGUAUUGGACGACAACUUGCUCAAAAAUACAAAUUCGGGUGGCGAGAAUAUUGGGACUUUUUGGGUAUUUACACUGAUAUUUCUAAACCUGAAGGGCUUGAGAAGUUCGAGACCUACCUCCAAAACCAGUUCUUAACAUUCAAUGUUCACCGCAGUCUGGAGGCUCUUCAUGUAACUGAAAACAUCACUUCACAGAAAACCAUUGAGUCAAUAAAAUCACUCAAGAACAUGUUUACCGUUGACAGCAACAAAAAUGUUUCUGGUUUUGGCCAGUCGCUAAUUUCUAGUGAUUCCCCCACAAGUCAGCAGCAAAGUAAAAAGCAGGAAGAUAAUUUUGAUCAAAAUAAUUCUGUGCCAGUUGUAACCGAAAAGGAAAAAGAAGAGGAAGAGCAGGUGAAAGAAGGCCAGACAAGCAAAAUGUUCAUCUCAAUCAACAAGCAUUUUAAAAGUCAUAAAAAAAUAUCAGGCAUGAAAGACUUCAAUGAGAUUAUGGACUCACUUGCCAAAGAGUUUGGCACCAAACUGGUCAUCGUUGGCAGCAGCCAAGAUACUGAUGGUUCUGUAACUAGCAAUACUGCGUGGAUGGACGUUGUCGACACAAAAGACGAUCACCAUCAUUCCAUCUACACCACAUUUUCAAAUCUUAGCGAUGUGUUCGGCACUGUCCACGACAAACAGCCUAUCACUGUGUCUUUAGCUAAAACCAGUGCUUGUCCCCUAUCACCAUCAACGCCAACGAAAGACAAUGUUACCUUGCCCUCCGAUACCGUCCUUUUAAAUGUCUCCUCACCAACUGGCCUCAACAUAGAUGUCCCAGCCAAACCAGCUCGCUCACCACCAAAGUCAAAAUCUGUCAUAAAUAUAUACCUUAAUGGGUUUGAACCCUCAAAGUUGGACCUGGACGUCUACCGGUGUGUUAAAGAUGUAGAGCUGGACUCUCGAACGUAUCCCUACAUACACAAGUGGUUUCAGAAAGUGAAAUCUUUCACAACUGAUGAGCAACACAGUUGGCGAAGUCCUGUUAAAUGUUUCAACACUACAAGAAACGAAAUGUCACCAUUAUCCCCUUCACAUCGACACAGUCAUCUUAGUAACCCCAGCAGCAGAAGAACUCUUUUUGGCUCUCCAAGUCGCUGAGUCAACGACAACCACAAAUGACAUUAUAAUUUUAAAGGGCUUCUUCUCAGUUUCCGUUUUUUUUUUUUUUGUGUCUCUCAUUUUCUUUCACAGGUCUUGUUUUAAUUUUACACAAUAUUUUUGUAAAAUAUUUUCAUAGGUUUUACAUAUAU